UGGUAGUUUUACUAAAGCAAAAAGUUUUGAAUGUCUCAUCUGCCAUCAUGAGCUCCUCUUUGGUCUGCAAGACAACGCUGAGGGGUUAAUAUUAUCUCUCUACAUGUUUCUACCAUAGACUGGUUUCUACGGUUGAUGGAGCUGUGUCUGUAGCAGCCGCCUAACUUCAGCACUUUGACAGUGUGCAGACCAAAUACCCGGUGUUUCUGGGGAACAGGGCAGAGCUGAGAGUCGGUGUGAAGCAUCGUUUGCUUCCAACAAUGUCCAGCAGCUCAUCUAUCCACCUGACGCUGCCGCAGUGGGACGGGGGCUCGAGGAGAAUCCGCUUUAUUUACUUGGUGGAUGUGACAUCGUUCAGGCUGACAGAGAGUCCCCACAAGGCUCCGGUGAUUCCUCUGUAUUUAGGAGCUGAUGUCUUCUCCAGCACUGACGUCCGCACAGAGAACCAUCCCAGAUACCACGCCAAGUUUGCCAAGAAAGGACUGGCCACCAAAAUACACUUUUCCUCAGCAUUCAGGUUUCAAGGGUUGAAGGUACCUGCUGCAAGUAACUGCCUCUGGUUCUACAGUAUUCAAGGGCUUUUUCGUGUAGCCUUUGAGAUGUACAGUAAGCAAGAGCAGCUUGCCGUGCUCGAGAACUUCCAGGAUGUUUGGAAAUCGCAAAUAAAUGACAGCCCUCUGAAAAUGAGUUACAGCCUCAGUAGCCUGCUCGACUUUGCAACACCCAGCAGCAGGUGUGAGUCAAGAAAUAAGGCAUCACCACCUCAGCAUUGCAAGGUUGGCAGGGAACUGGACGCAUUAGUCAGUGACACAUCAGCAGAUCACGCUUAUUGCUCUUUUCCCAGGAAGAGCUUGCAAACCGGGCCAAGACAACAAGUUGUAUCCACAGUGAAGCAAAGAUUGCACAGCUUGGAUGACAAACUCUCCUCUGAGACUCACAGCCACACAGAACAUCUGGAGACUGUCUUGCUACUUUUGGAGAACAUUGAUCGGCUCGUAAAUGGGAAUCUAGAGGAAAAGGAUGUGACUGAAACGGUGUUGGCCCUGCUAAAGGCUAAAAACUGGGGCUCUGUAUACUCAAGUUCCCUGCUGAGCUGUAUGGGACGAUGGCUGGGCCAGCAGUUUCAUGCAGCCAACAGUAGCAUCAGUCAGAAAGUGGAGGGCUUUAAAGUUCAGCAUAUUGAGCGAAUAAGUGACUUGCCCCCUGCUGAGGAACUAGCCACAGAACUAUUCCCAGAGGCCAUGCAGACACUGCUGCUUCACUGGAUGGGGUUGAGUGAGGAGUCCACUCUGGAGAAGAGGCACAGUGAAUAUCCAAUCCUGCUCCUUAUCCUGGAGUUUGCCAACCACAACCUGAUCACUGGUGUGGCUCACGUGCUGUACUCCAGUCUUAUAUGUAAAUAAAGACGAUUUCCAUGUGGGCGUCCACAGAAACACUUACGAUUCAACUCAAGUUCCAGUGCUCUAAUAAACGUAUAUUUUGUAUGUGAAAUUUA